GCAGAAACAGCAAGUUCACUGGCCGUAAAGAUCUCAUUGAGUCGAUAAAGAGGCUUUCCGAGCGUGGCGGCCAGAACCGGAUAGCGCUUCAUGGAUUAGGCGGUUCUGGGUGUGUAUUCAUUAUUGCUAUAAGCAUUUCCGUGGUUUGCUAACACUACUUAGAAAAACCCAGAUUGCCCUAGAAUACGUUUAUCAGCGCGCAAGCGAGAGAGAUUGUGAUGUUUUCUGGGUGGACGGGAGUGGGGUAUUAAAAUUCAGUGAGGGUUUCAGAGCUAUUGCGCAGCAAGUUCGAAUUCCAGUAGCCAGCGCCGAGAAGGACCGGGAGGGAUUCCUAUCAAAUAUAAGGAGGUGGUUUGAAGGUCCAGAAAGUGGCGAUUGGAUACUGGUUAUCGACAAUGCCGACAACGAGGAGGACUUUAACAGCAACACCGCUCCCAUCUCCAAAUUUGUACCCCGAGGCCAAAGAGGUACUCUAAUAUUCACCACCAGAUCACUCCGGGUUGCAUCCCAGCAGGGUUGCGAAGGGAUCCAUGUCGGAAAAAUGGAGGAGGAUGAGGCCAAGGCAUUAUUUUUGAAUCGCUUUGGUAGCUGGAACAGCGCGGGAGGUGCAGACAAAGAGGCCAUCUCAAUGAUCCUAGACUUCGUACAUCACAUCCCGCUGGCUAUUGUAGGAGCAGCAGCCUUCAUG